AAGCUAGUUUCACUUUCGAGGCUGAGUUUCUAUUCAGCAUCAGGAAAAGACUGAGUGAGGAAAUCAUUUCCUGCAGCACCUUCUCAAUCGACUCAACAGUAAAAGUGCAGCUAAAGCUGUGAACAGAAAUUCAAAGAGCGUUGUAUCUAAUGAACACCAUGAGCAGCACACCAAGGACUUUGCUGAAAGAGAAGCUCGAUCAGCUUCAGUGUCACUUCACGUGGAGCCCACAGAAGGACACCAUUGACCUGGAUGAUAUGGUGUACAGAUUACAAGAUUCUAUCAAUAUCGCUGUCGAAUAUCAAGCUGCAUCCUACAACCAACUCGCUUUUGUAAACUGCCUGCAAGGCAACAGUGAGGAAGCUAUUCAAAACUUAAAGGAAGCUGAAAAGAUUCUGAGGGAGAACCACAAAGAUGCAUUUGAAAGAAACAGCAUCAUCACCUAUGGAAACUAUGCCUGGGUGCAUUACCACAUGGGACAACUGGACAAGGCCCAGUCCUACCUCGACAAGCUGGAGAUGAUCUGUAAACCGCUCACUGAUGGUCCUCGCUAUACAGCAAUGAUACCUGAAGUGUAUGGGGAGAAGGGGUGGUCAUUGUUGAGAUCGGCAUCUCAAUACUAUGAGGAGGCAAAUAAAUGUUUUGAGGAAGCUCUGGAGAAAGAUCCUAACAAUACAGAGUGGAUCAUGGGCAAAGCAACUGCUCUGUUUCGUCUGGAAGCAUUUUCUGGAACCCAAGAAAAUCAUGAACGGAAUCAGUCAGUGAAGUAUCUGCGGCGUGUACUGGAGCUAGAUCCAGAUGAUUCAAUGGCCAUGGUGCUGCUGGCUCUGAAACUAAGAGAGUGCAAGCAAAAAGAGGAUGCAAAUAAAUUAAUUGAACAAGCGUUGCAGAAAACCCCUGAUUUUCCUUAUGUGCUUCGUUAUGCAGCCAAAUUUUACAGAAAAGAAGGAGUUUUAGAGAAAUCUGUCCAGCUGCUGAAGAAAGCAUUAGAAAUAACUCCACAUUCUGCCUUUUUGCAUGACCAAAUUGCAAUGUGUUACAGAACUAAAUUACUUGAACUGAUCGACAAUCGUCGUAGCAAAAACCCUCGCAAUCCUGAAUUUCAACAAAAAACACAGUUGUUCAGUCAAUGCAAGUAUCAUUUUGGAAUGGCAUUUAAACACCGUCCAAGGUCAGCAAUUAAAUCACAACUGGAUUUCGCAGACAUUUGUGUAAGAAAUGGAGAGUAUUCCAAUGCAAAGGAGAUUUACAGUGAACUGCUGAAAUUAGAAGACAUUCGUCCAGAAAACUUACAGGUAAUAUGUUUCAAGGCUGGGUGUUUUGAACAAUACCAGAGAAGAUCUGAAUCCAAUUCGAUGAGCCUAUUCAAGAAAGGACUGAAGGUUGAGUAUGACUCAAAAGAACGGAAAAAGUGCUAUGAAAAAUUGGAGAAGUGGGCAGAUGGGAAAUUGUGCAAGGAUCAACGUGACAGCACGGCCCUUGGUGUCAAAGGGUUACUGCAUCAGAUGGAUGGAGACAAGCCGAAAGCUAUUGAAUACUUUGUGAAGGCCUUGGAGAUCGAUCACAAUAAUGAAGAAUAUCUGAGUGCUCUAUGUGAAUUACGCCUUUCCAUUGAGGAACAUUAGGGGCAGUACAAUGGAGAUGCGGUAGAGCUGCUGCCUUAUAGCACCCUAUCUGUGGAGUUUGCACGUUUCCCUGUGAUUACAUAGAUUUUCUCCGGUUGUUCCAAUUUCCUCCCACAUUCCAAAGAUUGGCAGGUUUGUAGGUAAUUGGCUUCUGUAAAUUGUCUCUAUUGGGUAGGAUGCAAAACUGGAUUAAUAUAGAAUUUGUUUACAGUGAUCGAUGGUCCGUGUGGGUCAAAGGGCCUGUUUCCAUGCAUGGUCUCUGAACUAAACAAACCCAAACCAAGCAUAUUGAUUCUUCAAAGAUACAUUCCUUAUAUUGUCCAAGGACAAUGCGGAUUCAGUUUCAGUUCAUGCAUUCUGCCAGCACUGUCAUCAAUGUGGCUCUUACUCAUGAAAAUGUGAUUUUCAAUGAAUACUUUGUAAUAAUCUUUGGCAAUCCUCAUACUUCAUUGAUGAAACAGAUAUAACUAGAAACAAAGGAGGGUUUGGGGGAGUUAAGUUAAAUGGAACCAACUCAGAAAAACUCCUUAUACCUCAUAAGGAGUCUUCACCACCAUCUCGACUUAAGCUGCCACUUUCAGUAAGCUAUAGACUUGGACUCCCAAGAUCCCUCUACACAUCAAUGCUGUAAGGGGUUUGCUAUUAUCUGUAUACUCCUCUUACAAUCCUCCCAAAGUUCAGCACCUCACACUUGAUCGGAUUCAAUUCCACCUGCCAUUUCUCCGCCCGUUUCAGGAAUUGAUCUAUACCCGUGCUUCUGAUGGCCCUUUGCUCUGUCUGCAACUCCUCCAAUGUUGGUGUUGUCGGUAUAUGUGUGUGUAUGCAUGUGUGUGUAUGUCUGUGUAUGUAUAUGUAGACACAAAAUGCUGGAGUAACUCUGCGGUUCAGGCAGCAUCUCUGGAGGAAAGGAAUAGGUGGCGUUUCGUAUCGAAACCCUUACACACAAACAGCAGAGGUCCCUGCGGAACUGUACCGCUCACAGAUCUCUAGCCCGAAAAUCUUCCUUUCACCACAACCCUCUGUCUUCUACGAAUAAGCCAGUUCUGCAUUCAUACAACCGAAUCACUUCCGGUGGCGCCAUGGAUAAGUAAGAGGCGCUCCUUUUUAGCUCCGCUGCGAAAAACACGUUCAAACCCGUUAAAAUACCUGAAAAGAAAAACGGACCGAAUGAAAAACACCUACCGGCAGAUGCCCGACGUCAGAAAACGACGCAUAACACAUACCCGACUGGAUACCGGUAUUUGAAAUGAGUAAACGGUUUCUGCCUUCUCAACCCCAGACCAGACAAAGAACCUGACUGCAGGCUCUUCAAGACAAAGAAACUUCUGGAAAAUCUUCUGGAGAAUCUGAGGAAGAAGGACUUAUUUCUGCCAUGGAAAAGAAAACACAAGAACAGGAAGAAACUUUAAGACGGGCUAUGGCAAAAGACUUUGGAGAAAUUCUGACUGAAAAGCUUGAAAUCUAGAAACAAAACUUGAUGGUAGGAAUAAAGAAAUUUGUGGAAAAAUUGACAUUCUACAAGUUCACAUCGAAGAGGUAAACACUGUUUUGAAAGGAGAAAUUAAACGGGUCGAAGAAGAUAUUAGCAAAAAGUUGGAGCCCAUUCUCCACACUUCAAAAAAACAAAACAACGCUAUCGGAGAACUCGAAGUUACCACUACGGACAUCUCUGACACAAUGCAAAGACUGAAGAUAGAUCUAGACCAUGUUUCUGGGCAACUGACCAGAAUGACCGACAAAUGCCUAGAUCUUGAAGCCCGGUCCAGACGUCAAAACUUAGGAAUUGUUGGAGUGAAGGAAGGGAAGGAAACUUGAAAAGAUUCUCAGGUCUUCACUGCCAACUUACUCCAAAAGGUAUUUAAUCUGCCUGAGAGACCUAAAAUUGAUCAGGCACAUCGAGUCCAGAGAGCCCGAUCAGGAGCUGGUGCCCCACCAAGACAAAUUAUUCUUAAACUACAUGAACUAUCAGUUCUAGAAGAUAUCAUGAAGAAAGUGUUAAGCACUGCAAUCCUGACGUUUGAAGGAGAAAAUAUAAGAAUCUUCAGAGACUAUCCAGCAGAAGUUGUCAAGAAGCGAACACUUUUCACCAAGACACGUGUUAUUCUCAAAGACAUCCCAGACUUAAAAUAUGGAAUGAUGUAUCCUGCCAAAUUAAGGGUCACAUACGGAGGAUUGGAGCGUUUCUUUAUCGACCCAGAAGAUGCAUUUAAAUAUGCGCAAGAGUUAAAAAAGGACGUAAAGGGAUAGGUAGAUAAGAAAUAAUCUGUAUGAUUAGUAGGGGAUGUCCAACUGAACUUUCACUGAAUCUGUGUUAAAGCGUGUGUUUAACUUACACCUUUUAUAUGUGUUUAUAAGGUGUAGACUGACAUCAUCUGUUUUUUUGAAAUAUAAAAAUAUAUCUAAAUACCUGCAAAUAAGAUGGCCGACAGGAUCAUAGGCGGUUAAGUCUAGACAUACUUAUCAGAGAUAGAUUGGAAUGUAAGUGUGGAUGACUGUUCAAGGUCCCUGUGUUUACGAGGAAAGCGUUCAAGAACUUUGAAAUAUUCAGCAUUGAAAACAAUUUAAACGUAUGGUUAUGAUAUAAUACACUAACAAAAUAUAUAAUUAAAGCCAUUAUUAUCACAUAAAAUACUAACAAACAUACUACGUCUAUUUUAAUCUAAAACCUAAUACUAACCCAUUUAUUUUUAUCUAAUACCUAAUAGAUAUGAUAUUUAAUAAUUCUAGGUAAUGGUCAAUGUAUUGGUUUAUAUUUAAAAUAUAGUUAUUAUCCACCCGAUUGGGGGGGGCGGAAUUUCCAGCAAUUACCAGGUCAGAGUGAGAGGGAAUAUGUUAGAAAACUGGUUGAGGAGGUGUAAGGGAAUCAAUAGUUAGGGAGGUAGGGGGCAGAGGGAGGAGAUGAACGAAUAUUGACGGCUAUAACACUAAAUAUUCCAAUAAUAAAAUAUCAUUAAAUGCAGAUUAUGUAUUACUUUAUAUCACCAACUCUCAAGUUAGCAUUCCAAAUAUACGAAAGUUUAUAGAGGAAUUCGGUUCCUUUUCACGAUAUAGAAUAAAUUUAAUGUAAUGAAAUUAUGUCAAUAAAACCUCAAGAGCCGACUCACCUCUUAAAAUUCCCUUUUAGAAUUGCUACGGAAAAAUUUAAAUAUCUUGGCGUUCACGUAACUAGAAAAUACACUUCUCUAUUUUAAACAAACUUUCCUCCCUUAAUCACCAAACUAAAUGCCAAUACUCAAUUUUGGAAAACGUUUCCGAUGUCUCUCAUAGGCAGAAUAAACGCCAUAAAGAUGAUCUUCCUUCCACAAAUCUUGUAAUUAUUUCAAUCAAUACUGAUUUAUCUUCCUAAAACUUUUUUUUAAAAACCUUGAUUCUCUGAUCACAAACUUUAUUUGGGACUAUAAAACACAUAGAAUCCAUAAACGAUAUCUAUGCAAACCCAAAGAAAUUGGUGGGCUGGCUCUCCCCAAUUUUUUAUACUAUUAUUUGGCUACGAAUAUUAAAAACGUAAUCUAUUGGAUGAACAACACAUGCCAAAAGGUAGAAUGGUUAAUAAUGGAGAGACCGGAGUGUUCGCCGUUUAAUAGAGGCGUGAUUCUUCUCUCUCCAAUAAAUUUAAAGAAAACACUAUAUGAGACAAAUCCGAUUAUCCACAGUACCCUACGAAUCUGGAGACAAGUGAAGUCAACCCUUAAACUGAGAAAUUGAUCUCUUCUCUCACCAAUUGCCAACAACCCUUCAUUCAAGCUGUCUAUUUUAGACAAAACGUUCACACUUUGGGAAAGAUUAGGAAUGAAAAAACUCGGAGAUCUUUAUGAGAUGGGAACUCUUCUCUCAUUUCAAGAAUUACAGUCGAAAUAUCAUCUGAAAGGCAGUCAAUAUUUUAGAUACCUUCCAAUACGAGACUAUCUGAAAUCACAUAUUCAAGACUAUCAAUCUAUGCUGCCAGACACACUAGACGAAUGUAUGAAUAGAAACUCGGAUUCAAACAAGUUAAUAUCAUAUCUGUAUUACACCCUUAUAAAUAGAGAAAUCCCAUCGUCAGAAGUAAUUAGAAGAGUCUGGGAAGAUGAGCUUGGCCUAAAAAAUUUUAAAGGACAGAUGGGAGGAAAACCUAUAUAUACACAACUGUUCGCUUAACAUUAGGCAUUCGUUAAUUCAAUUUAAAAUACUACAUAGACUAUUAUUCAAAGUCUAAACUGAAUACGAUUUUUCCAAAUGUAUCCCCUAUUUGUGAUAAAUGUCUUCUUCAGGAAGCAACUUUAACCCAUUCCUUUGCCUCUUAUAUAAAGUUACAUAAUUUCUGCAGAGGAUUUUUUGAAAUGUUUUCAAAAACACAAUAAAAAUUGGAUCCCGACACGGAACUGAUCACUCUAGGUACUUCAGAAGCCUGUUCUGAGCUAUCACCAUUUCAAAGACGUUUAGUUAAUUAUGGCCUGAUAACGGCGAAGAAAAUAAUAUUUAAAUUUUGGAAACGUACAUCAGUCCCUACUCUUAAGAUGUGGAUUAUAAACAUGUCUGAGACACUACAUCUUGAAAAUAUUUGACUUGUCUUGGCAGAAAAAACAGAUCAUUUUUCCAAGACAUGGACACCAUUCAUUGAUUUAUUACAAGGAUAGUAUGGAGCAACACUACUUUUUUCUCUCUUUUUCUUUUUGUCUAUUUAUUUUAAUGUUUUUUCUAUUCCUCUCUUCUUUCUUUCUUUUAUUCACUCUUUGGCUACACUACUUUUUUUAGUCUAGGGGUUCUAUCUUUGCACAUUUCACUUUUUCUCUUUCUUGCUUUUUCUCCUUUCUUUUCCUCCAACUCAAAGCUAAAAAGUGAAAAUUGAAGCUGUAUAAUAACUGUAUAAUUUUAUAUGCCGUUGGUUCUAUUUUUGUAUAUUUGCUAAUGAUAAAUAAAAAUAAAUAAAUAUAUAAUACGACCGGAUCACCGUGAAUCCUGUGCAUUUUAAUCAUCUGGAUUAGCACAACCUGAUGGAUAUAAUUAAAAACCUUACUAAAAUCCAUGUGUACAAUAACCACCACCAUCAAUAUCCUUCAUCACCACAAACACCUCAAUCAAGAUAGUAAGACACAAACUGCUGCGUACAAGGCUAUGCGGGCAACCCUAAUUAGCCGAUCUCUUCCAAAUAGGAGUAUCAAAGAUUUCUCUCCAAAGGUUUCCCAACCACUGACGUCAGGAUCACCAGUCUAUAAUUUGCUGGAUGCUCUCUACUUUCCUUCUCAAACAAAGGAACAACAUUGGCCGCUCCCCAGUGCUCCAGGUUCUUACCUGUGGCUGGAGAUGAAACAAAGAUCCUCUCCUGCCUCCCCCAAUAACCUGGGAUAGAUCCCAUCAGGUGUAGGGACAUUCACCUUAACGCUCUUCAAGACCCUCAGCACCUCCUUCUUCUCAAUCGCAAAUCUCCCCAGCAUAUUUGUAUUGUCCACCCUGAUCUCACUGUCCACCAAGUUCAUCUCCACGGUGUAUACAGAUGUGAAGUAAUUUAGCACCUCACCUAUAUCCUCCAACUCCAGGCAUUGAUAACAUCUUUAUUCUUCAUCAUCCUACUUCUCACUGGUCACCGUCUUGUUUUUAACAUAGUCAUGAAAAGCUUUGGGAUUUUCCUUAAUCUGACUGACAAUGACAUUUCAUGGGACCAUUUGGCCCUUCUAAACACACACAUGAGAUUUUUCUUACUCACUUUAUAUUCCUCAUAAUAUGCCUGAUUAUAAUAUCAUAUGGGUGAUUCAGUAAGUGUCUACUUAGGUGUCCCGCAACUUUGAUGCUGUAUUUAAGGAAAAUUUGUAAUUCUAUCCCAUUUAUUUGUUCAAGAAGGAACUGCAGAUGGUGGAAAAUCGAAGGUAGACAAAAAUGCUGGAGAAACUCAGUGGGUGCGGCAGCAUCUAUGGUGCGAAGGAAAUAGGCAACGUUUCUGGCCGAAGAGUUUCAGAGUUUUCACUGAGUUUCUCCAGCAUUUUUUUCGGCAUAUUUAUUUAAUGGGGGAUCUAUCUAAAAUGAAAAUACUUUUA